UCAAGUUAAGAAGGGUAAAAAAAAAAAGGAUAUUGUAAAGGCUCAAUUAAGAGGUAAAAAGGCAAUAAAUCAACUAUUAAACUUGAAAGGCGGUCCUGCUAAAACAGCCAUAUUUGCAAAUAUGGGUGAUACAGUAUCAUCUUUUAUCAUGGAUCUACAGGUUGAUAGGAUUUAUCAUUCUUGGCCUUUCUGUACAACAAAAUUAGUAAUUGAUAAAUCUUCAAUGCCAUUGAUAGAAUCGACAUUUUGCCACUUUGUGGCAUUAGAGGGACAGAUAAACAUAUUAGCAAAAGAUUUUAAAACUCGCAGUAAUGUGUUCACUCCACCAUUACAAAUGUCAUUCAUGAGCAUUAUCCCAGAUUCACCACAAAUCAAAAG